UCUCCUGCGACAACAACCUGUACCUCUUCGCGAGCUGAUUAGCACGAAAACAUUGGGAUCUCGGAUAAGAAACGCUGCAUUUGAAACGACCAAACGCGGUGUAGGAAUGCCUGUGUGCAAUUUCUUUCUUCAGGGCCGUUGUCGUUACGGCGACAAAUGUUGGAAUGAGCAUCCGAGAGGAGGAGGAGGAGAAGGAGGCAGAGGAGGCAGAGGAGGUGGUGGAGGAUACAACAACAGCUACAACUCUCCUGCUCAGCAGCAGCAGCAGCAGCAGCAGCCUAGAGGAGGAGGUGGAGGUUUUGGAAACAGAGUUUGGGUGAAUCCUUCUCAGCAAAAAGGAGGCUAUAUCCAGCCUUCAUCUUUCUCCUCUCAUGGAACUGAGGAAUGGGGUCGAGCAGGAAGUGGAGGAGCUGACUGGGGUCGAGAAGAAGGAGGAGGAGGGAAUGACUGGGGCCGAGGAGGAGGAGGAGGAGGAGGAGGAGGGAAUGACUGGGGCCGAGGAGGAGGAGGAGGAGGUGGUGGCGGGAAUGACUGGGGCCGAGGAGGAGGAGGAGGAGGAGGAGGGAGAAGAGAUAACUUGAGCUUCUCUGCUCAAAACAGAUUUUCAGCGCUUGCUCCUCCCAGUACCUUUGAAAGGGGGGGAGGAGGACGACAGCAGGUGCCAGCCGGUGAGGAAGAUGAUGACAAAAAACUGGAGAUCAUCCAGAUGGACAUGGAUAUUUGGGAGAGCUCGGGGCAGUGGGGCUUUUCCUGUUAUUCUAGCUUCAAGGCACCUUUAUCUGGUUUCACUGAUCUCUCUCCAGAAGAGCUCCGGCUGGAGUAUUACUCCACAAGAGCUUCAGGAGAUCUGCAGGGCUACGUUAAUGGUAUAAAUCAGCUGCUCACCCAGUGGAGAAGCAGAGUCCAGGAACUGAAGGUUAUGAAUCCAGCCACCCGCGCAGCUUUGCUCGCAGAGAUAAACAACCCAGCACCUCAGGCAGCUUCGAGUGGCUUUGGUUCGGUGACCGGAUUUGGAUCGGCUACAUCCAGCUUGGAAAGCAAAGGCUUUGGGGCUCCAGCACCGGCCGCGGCCAACACGUUCAGCUUUGCUGCUCCAAGCGGUGGAUUUGGUUCCUCGGCGGCACUGCCGCACUCCUCCUCCUCCGCAGGUUUUGGCAGUGCCUCAGCGGCUCCUACACAGCCUCCCUCCGGGUUUGGUUCCUCCACUGCAGCCUCCUCGGCGCUCAAUGCUGCUUCUUCUUUCUCCUUCGCUGCUCCGUCCACCGACAAGCCGGCAGCUGCUUCGGGAUUCGGCGCCGCCUCGGGGUUCAAUUUCAUCUCGACGCCAAACACCGGGGGAGGAUUUGGGAGCGGUUUCGCGGCCGAAGCGCCGGCCUCAGCCGGAAGCGGCAGUAUUUUUGGACAGGCGAGUGAAGGGUUUGGGAAGACCGCUGCUCCUCCUGCAGCAGGAGCGGGGACUGCCGGCGGGGCGUCGGACAGUCUGUUUUCACACGAGAGCAAUAUGACCGCAGAGGAACUGAAUCAGUUCAAGGCCAAGAGGUUCACUCUCGGCCAGAUUCCUCUAAAGCCUCCUCCAGCCGACAUGCUGGUGGUAUGAUGAUGUUGGACAAAUUCACAGGGUUUUUGAAAUAAACAGAUAAUUUAUACAAAGUAAAACUGUUCUUCUGCAUAGUGCUUCUAUUCAAAUGAAAGUCAUUAUUACAUUUUUUAAAGAUAUGGCUAAUGUUUGUUGUACUAAUACUUCAGAUCAAUUCCAGCAGGGAAAACUUUCUGCGGUUCCAAUUAUGAUGUUUGUGUUUAUGCAAAGCCUGCUUCAUGUACAGCUGUAGAUAUUUUUAGAUGGAGCUCUAUUUUCAAAUGAUUGUCUUUCGGGAUUGUUUUGAAUCGGUUUGCCAAUUUUACCUUUUCCCCAUUUGUAAAGAGGCUGAUUGGGAAACAGAUCAGUUGAUGAGCAAAGUUUCUGAAGGUUUAUUUGCAUGAUGAUGUGAUCUAACAUAAUCUAUAAUACAACAAAUCAAUAAAAACAUGCCUUGAA